GAAGCCAGGCUGCCAGUGCGUUCCCAAAGAGUCGUUCGGGGACAUUCGCAGCCAUGUAUCUCGUCAUCUACCAGAUCUUGGAAUAAUGACUAGUACGUGGCAUAGUCUCUAUUUACUUGGCCAAGCCGAACAAAUCAAACAACUGGAGUCACGUAUCAGAAAGUCGUCAUCAUGGGCCGGAGGGGAACCAUUUUCUGCUAACUACGAGAGCCCGACCAAACCGCUUCUGCGGACAACGGAAGUAGAUAGUGUUGAACCCCAGAACCCCAUGCGCACCCAUUAGCUUAUAAGCUGACAGCGGACACAUAAUAGUCUCAGGACGCCGAUCUAAGAAAGAGUCUACUGGAUCCCAAUCCUAGGACUUUUCCGUUAAUUAAUCUCAAAGUAAACACACAUUUUCUAACGCACACCUGGCCUCAAGGCUGACAAAAUACUCAUUUCCGGAGAUGUCUGACGCCGGUGUUACGCCCAGUUUGCGGUGUUACCGGUGAAUGAGAGCAAGGCUACAAGUGGGCGGAAGCCUUGGAGAUGUCGCCACUCGCUGAUAAGAGCUACAAGCUACGAAAAGGAUCAAUUCGCUGCUUUUAAAAACUCUGAGCUGGUCAUGCUGUGUUUGAUAAUAGAGCGGGCUAAUCACACCCGCUUAUUGAGUGGAGCGGUACUCUAGACAGUGAGAGAACUUGAGACGUCCUCCCAAAAAACAUUGUUUAUAGAGUGCGCAGGUUAUAACCCAUUUGAAGGGAUAUAUACGGCUGGG